AAAUUAAUAUUAUGUAUUCUUUUUAUAUUAUAACAGGUAUACCAUAAAAGAACAAAUCUUUAAAUUUUAAAAUAUUAUGUCAGUGGGUAAGUGAAAAAGAUAGGCAAUAGAAAGGUAAUUAAAUUUAGUAGGCUUUUGUUUCUUGGCUUUUUGUCUAAAAUAAAUUUAUUACCAGAUUACAAGUUUAAUUUUAAAUUUGCUUAAAUAUGGAAGAAAAUGAAGGAAAUAGUAUAUGCCAAGCCAUUGCAGAAGAAUCAUUAGGACUGUAUUGUAAAGAUUUUACUUCAAUAAUUACAAAGAAAAUUAACGAGUAUCAUACCUCAACGAACGUUACGGAUGAAUUGGAACUUACACAUUUAAAAAUGGUAAACAAAGACGUUGAUAAGCAGAUAAAAGUAAUGCAAAAGAAGCUGGAAGAAAGUAAAAAACAGAAACAGAAUGUUUCCAACGAGUUGUUUCAAUGCGGCCAAUUAAAUACAAGAAAAGCUGCUGCUUUUUGUAAAACUAGUGAAAUAAUAAAAGUUACUCAGGAGGAAUAUAAACGAAUACAAGAAGAAGUUGGCGCUGUAUGUAAAGUACUGAACAUUAUUGAAAAAAAAAUGUUAAAUGUUUCUGAAUGUAAACAAAUUGAAAUGACACAAAAGAAUAACAUUCAGGGUAUUGAAAAAAAGUGCAAGAGUAUUUCAAAUGUAUCCAAUCAGUUAACUGAUAACAUUUUAAUAAAGGAAAACCAAGGACUCUUAAAGGAAAUUAAACUCAAAGAAGAGACCUUAAACGAAAUGAAGUUACGUGAUUCAAAACAAAAUCAAUUAAAAAAAACUAAAAAUGCGUUGUUAGCAGAUACCUAUGACAUUAAGGGUAAACUAGAAGAAAAUAGAAACAAAUGUAAAGAAAUUAUAAAUCAGAUGGCUGAAAAAAGAGAAAACAAACAGAAGAAACUAGAAGAAAUUUUAAAAGAAACGAAACGCAUUGAAGAACAUUUUAAAACUUCGUCACAAUUACGUGAAAUAAAUGAAGAAAAAAUAAUUCAACUUGAAAAAAUAACUUCGGAAAACCGUAAAGAAAUAGAGGAAUUAAAUGAAAAAAUCGAUACUAAAAAAUCCGAAAUCGGCAAGAACACAGAAAACUACUCAAAAGAAAUUGAAAAUCAACAAAACAUUUUAAGUACUAUUGAUAAAAAUAUUGACAAUAUAAUCACAAAACACGAUGAUUCUUACAAGAUACUGCAGACCAAAUCUGAGGAUCUAAAAAUUAUCAGAUUAGAGAAAGAAACACUUUUGUCUUCACUUUAUAAUAAAAAAAUCGAAUUUAAUAAGUUGCAAUUUAGCUGUUCCCAAGACCAAUCAAAAAUAAACGCAAGAAAUGAAAAAUUGUUGGAAGACAAACAAGGUGUUGUAGAAUACAUAAAAACUAUAGAAAAACUGGACAAAGAUUUGUAUGAACUGAACGUUACUUGGGAAAAAUUACCCAAGGAAUUCGAAGAAGAGAAGCAAUUGAAAUUAAAUAUACAUAAAAAGGAGAUAAAAGUGUAUACCGACCAGCAAAGUUAUCUUGAAGCUUCUAUUGAAGUAAUGCAGGCUGGUAUCGAAAACAACACCAACAAGUCUGAUGAUUUAAAAAAGAACAUAAAAGACUGUGAAGCUGAUAUAAAAUGGGAUCAAAUAAGAUUGGCGGAGCAACAGAAGUCGUUAAAUGCUGUGAAUAAAAAUAUACAAACACUAGAAGAAGAACUAAAGAAGGAAGAAGAAAAAGAAAAUGUUAGUGAAAUUCACUUUGAAAUUCCAAAGGAAGUUGCUCCUAAGAACGACACAGAGAAUAAUAUAGUUUUCAAUGAACUAAUUGAGGAUGAAAAUAAAGAAGUAGCAGGUAACUCGAGCGGCAGAAAGUCUCCCGGCAUCCUAAAAACAUCCUCGAGAAGUCCAAGAAGUCCUCAGACUCCGAACAAGCGUGUCAAGUUUGAAGGCUUAUCCUCUACGGAUUCUUCUGUUAUUUCAGCUCAGGAAAAUGCCAAUAACGUUGACCGGAAAAAUUUGGACGAUCUCGUUUUAGAUAACUUAAGAGCAAGUGGCGAAAUUGCGAAGAACAGAAACAAGAAACAAUAAGUUUACCUUCGUAUCUAUUUUUGGUUGAAUAAUUUUUUAAUGUCUUAAUUUAAAUAUCUGUAAGAUUUUUUCUACCAUAUUAUAAAUUGUAAUAAUCAAUUUAGUUAC